AUGAGGUUUCUAAUCCUAUUUUGCGUGGUGCUACUGCUGGUGAAUAACGGUACCACAAGAUCCAGCACUGACCCGUGUUCUGUAUAUACGAUCCUGGAUAACCCAUGGAGAGAUGUACGUGACGAACCAAACAGUAACCACGAUGACAGUGCUGUUGAAUGGAAUGGCUGGUAUCGACUGUAUUUAAACGGAGAAAGUGCUCAGAUGUCAGAGUGGUGUGUGAGCAACACAAACUGUGGUGGUGAUACUGCACUGUAUCUCAAUGGUUCUCAUCCACAACUCGAGGAUGGAGUAGUGACCCUUGAAGUUCUGGGAUAUCAUCCAAUGGGCGGGUGUGACGACUACAGAUCAACCCCCAUACAAGUCAAAGCCUGCCCAGGAGAUUAUUAUGUUUAUAAACUUGUCAGACCUGACGUGUCAGUCAGUAGGCCAUCAUACUGUGCAGUUGCUUUCAGCAGCCUCAGCAGUGAUCCUUGUUAUAACUAUCAGUCUCUGGAUCGUCCCUGGAGAGCGACGAAUGACAGUGGAACAUUAAUUUGUGAUGAAUAUUUCUCCAUGGGUGGCUGGUACAGAUUUUUCUACUAUGGAAUGGACAUCCGAAUGCCAGAGAGCUGUGUUGAUUUGUACAGCUGUAAUGGAUUAUACAGUCUGUGGCUCAAUGGUCCUCAUCCUCAGAUAGAAGAUGGAGUGGUGACCAUAGAGAUCUGUGGCACUGAAGAUUCAGGCUGCUGUGAAUUUGUUGGUGUACCCAUCAGGGUCAAAGCCUGUGCAGGCAAUUACUAUGUGUAUGAAUUUGCAAAACAACCCUGGUGUACAAGUUACUGUAUAGAUGUCAGCACUAUAUCACCGACAGCUUCUGUUGCAACUUCAGCAGCGACUACAUUCAACAUGACUUUGGCUGAUGCUCACUCGGAUGAUGAUCCGUGCAAUAACUACAGCAUUUCUGAUGACCCAAAUAGAAGCCCAAAUGAUUUCUUUUUUUAUCAUAAUUUAAUAAAUGGAUAUGAUGACACUCGUGUUGAAUGGGAUGGCUGGUAUCGACUCUUCAUUAAUGGAUCGAGUGCUCAGAUGCCUGAGUGGUGUUUCAGUUAUAUGUCAUGUGGAGGGUAUAGUUCUCUGUGGCUCGGUGGUCCUCAUCCUCAGCCAGAAGAUGGAGUUGUUACUCGUGACGUCUACGGCUCUGAUUACGAACGGUGCAGUUACUACAGAUCUGAUCCAAUCCAAGUCAAAGCCUGUCCUGGAAAUUACUAUGUCUACAAACUUAUAAGGCCAAAUCGAAUAAUCCCAGCCCCUGCAUACUGUGCAGUUGUUCUCACCAGUCCACCAAGUUUUGACCCUUGCUACAAUUUUAACAGUCUGGAGGAGCCAUGGAGGGCAAAUACUAUUCCUGUAAUUGGUGAUCCCAUGAAUUCAAGAUGUGAUUAUGAUGUCAACUGGAACGGCUGGUACAGGUUGUUCUACAACGGUCAGAGUGUCAAGAUGCCAGAGUCAUGCGUUAGUAGGAAUAUGUGUGGUACUUUUCUCCCACUGUGGCUCAGUGACCCUCACCCACAGCUGGAAGAUGGGGUGGUCACUCGACAAGUCUGUGGUUCCACAUGGAAUGGCUGCUGUGGUUACAAAUCUCAUCCCAUACGGGUCAAAGCUUGUCCAGGGGGCUAUUAUGUGUACGAGUUUGUCAGGCCGCUGUUGUGUGCAGCUUACUGUGCAGCCUUUGUCAUUAAUCCUGUUCUCUUCUUAGGAGACCCCUGUCAAGAGCUGAACUGCACUGAGAAUGAACGCUGUGAAGAGAGACAGGGUGUUUAUGGUUGUUCCUGCAAGGAAAACCAUUACAGAUCUCCGCAUGACUCCUUUGAUUUUAUUGAAACCUGUGAAAGCAGCUCUGGCUUCAUGUCUCUGUCUCGCUGUGAGCUUUUUGAGGCUGGUUUUCCAUCUGACAUCUUACACCUCAAUGACCCCAACUGCAGAGGAACAGUCCUGAAUGGCAGAGUGGAGUUCUAUUUUGACAACAAUGACCACAUCUGUGGCACAAAUCUUGUGGCCAAUGGCACCCAUUUCAUCUAUAAGAACAUUAUUGUUGCGGAGCCAAACUCAGCUGGGCAUCUCAUCAGCAGGGAUAGUAUUCUGAGGCUUCCUUUCAGCUGUAUUUACUCACAAACCCAAACACUUUCCAUGAACAUUAACCCUCUGGAGAGCACUGUGCACAUGAACCUUCAUGAUCAAGGGAUGUAUCUGGUCAGGAUGAUUCCGUACCAGGACGCUAAUUUCUCCCACCCCUUCACUGGUAGCGUGAACGUGGAGCUGAAAGAACAGAUUUUUGUAGAAGUUGGUGUUGAUGGAGUUGACAGCAGUCAGAUUGCCUUAGUGAUUGACAAAUGUUGGGCUACACCUGUGAAUGACCUUCAUUACCCUCUCCGCUGGGACCUCAUCACUGACAUGUGCCCCAGUCCAAAUGAUGAAGUGGAGCUUCUGCAGAAUGGUGUUUCCACAUCCAGCCGUUUCUCUUUCAGCAUGUUUCUCUUCAUAUCACAAUCCACAAAGAUUUACUUGCACUGUGCUAUUCACCUUUGCCUUCUGAAAGACAAUGACUGUUCAGUACACUGUGACUCUGAACACCCCCAAAGAGAGGUCAGAUCUCUGGAAUUCCAUCACAGUACUUCCGUAUCCGUGGGUCCUUUGAUGUUGUCUGACAGUAACAAAGGUUUGCAGGUCACAGACCAAGUGCUGGUGUCCGGGGCUCCGAGCCUGUGUGCUUCCCUGAUGAUAUCACUCAUCUCUAUGAUUCUCCCAGUAAUCUAUGUUUGA